AUGUUUUAGUUGUAUAGAUGUGGUCUGCGACUGGAGGAGAUAUCAGACCAACUUGGAAACCGUCUAACUCGAUCCAGCGGCCCAUCCAACCAAGACACUAGAAGAAACAGUUACAGUGAGUUGUUAAACAGACCAAGGGAUAACCCUCAGGAAGCAGCAGCAGCAGCAGCAGCAGCAACAGCUGCUGAAGACCAGAGGCCUGAAGGAGAUCUACAGAACCUAAUGCAGAGACUAAGAAAUAUCAAAGAAGCUAGCAAGAAUGAUUUAGUGAGAGAAGGAAACAGCUCGGAAGAUGUGGAGGACCUUGAUUUAAAUUCAGCUGAAAGAGAAGGUGAAUAUUCAAGACGGUUUUCUUUGGGUCCUCUUCCAGAUAGUGAUGCGGAGGAUAAACAGAACGAAGGACUUAGCGACCAGCACGAACCUCUAGACCUACAAGAGUCUGGGUACUUCGCGUCCGAAUCUAUGAGUGUCGUUCAUGACCCCGCUUCUGAACCCCUGUCGAGUCAGUACUUCGCCAACAGUCAAGGGCCACACGAUAGGUCACGAGCGGGCUCCUUGCCGCACACGAGUUCACAGCGGUCGAGAACCAACAGUUACCGCAGCCGUGCCAACACAGAAGACAUGGAUUCACCCCUAGAAGACGACGGCGACGAUUUGCCUUCUUCUAGCUUAGCUUCUCCUCAGACCUCCCCUGGCAGUUCGAAGUCACCUCGAGCCUCUUCUAGUCCUGUGCGUAACAGCGUGAGUGGAAUUCCUCCUCCACCACGACGCCAGGACAGUCGCCUGAGUGAAUCCAGUAGCAGACGAUCACGUGCCAAUUCAAAAGCGUCACGCCUGCCACGGUCCAGCGUUGUUUCCGAUCACGACAGCUCACGUGACCCCGUGAUCGCGGCUGAGCCAGAUGAACCGUUUGAAUCACGUGAUCGCACCGCCAGUACCCACAGUUCUCCACGUGAACAGCACGUGCCACAGGAACCGCGAAACAGGAGAAACAGUGCGCGAGAACCGCCACGGACUUCAAACGGAUUACACGAUGAAAGCGUGCGCAAACCCUCCCGAGUUACUCAUGGUCGCCCUCUCAGAGCAAGCGUUUCGGGUGACAGCCGUGUUUCAACACCUCUCUUCCUUCCCAACACUGACGGACCAGCCCGACCGAAAGACCUCCAACGUAGAGGCAAGCAUCGUAACGGAGUUGCGGAUUCUGAGAGGGGCUUUGAUAGCGGAUUUUUUGGCUCGGAGGGAAGUCGGAUAUCCCGAGGACACGAGUCGCCCGAUAUUCCGCCUCCAUUUUAUCCCGAAAAUAAACUGCGAAGCGCGCCUUUACAAGAACAGUCCGCUACAGAGACUGAAGAUGAGAGACUCCAACCGACAACACCGAAAGUUGUACCAAAGUUAAUUCCGAGAAAUAGAGAUCUGAGACGACGAAGGUCUUCCCUUCAGUCGCUCUCUGAAAGCGACGAAGACCGUUAUCUCGAAACCACUCAUUCUAAACCUUCGACGAGAACGCCUUCUUCUCAGAGAGAACGAAGGAGUCAUCGGCACACUCCGACACAUCCUGCCCCCCGAUCGGAUAACGAGGGGGNCUGCCCGCGGAUAGAUCAGUCCCGACCAAUGGAUAAGCAGAGCGUACGCAGUUACCCGGGUGACCGUGAAUCCGUGCGGUCAGGAAGGCGGUCAAGGAGAGGUGACGACAGCAGCAGUGGAUACAGUGACAAUGAGAGGAGAUACCGCAGGGAUCCAGUUGACAAGCUAAGAGGUGAACUGCAGAGCUUACGUGCCCAGCUGCAGCAAGACACGAAUGCUCGUGGAUUGCAGGCUCAGAUGUACGACGACCUUCGACGAAGGCACGACGAUCUCGAACGAGAAAUGGCACGACGAGGUGCCGAGCAACAGAUGGCGAGCAUGUACGACAACCUGCAGAAAAAAUACGAUGCUCUGGCGAACGAAAUGUCACGGAGCAGAGAAAGUCCAACCAACCCUUCACCUUACGAUGAUCUUAGGAGACGUAUAGAAGAACUGGCAAGGGAUGUAGGCGAGCUGAAGCGAAGAGAAUACGACCGACCAGCCCCGGCACCUUCGCCAACACCUUCCACACCAGCCCCAGCAUCCGCACAAGUGCCCGAGCGAAGAGAAUACGACCGACCAGCCCCGGCACCUUCGCCAACACCUUCCACACCAGCCCCAGCAUCCGCACAAGUGCCCGAGGUGCACACAAUGCAGUUUUUGUGUCCAUUUUGUGGAGGUUCGGGGAGUCAUAGUCACGGGAAUUAUUUCUAUCCGGGUUAUUCUGGCCCACCCCAAGGAACCCCGGCGGCAACCUCAGAGACAUCUUCCUCGCGGCCGCGUCGUCACACCGAGACGCAAACACCGUACACUCCGGGACUAACAAACACUUUUGUUCAUCAUCCUACAACCCCUGCAGCGGCGUCUACACCCUACUCACCCUACUACCACAAUGUGGUUUCAUCGCCUGUUCAUCAUCAUACUAACACAUAUCCCGGGGCGACAACGGGGACACCAGUGUUAACCACCGGAGUGGUACCCGGGGUGCCCGUGGUACCACCCAGAGUUGUAACCGAGUCCCCAACAGUACAUCACAUCCAUCAUCUCCCCCGGGGGAAGUCCAGGAGUCGGCGAGAGCACCAAGUGUCUGACAGUGAAGAUUCCGAAAGUGACGAGGAAUACCCUGCACAAAGAAGGCAUGUCCGAGUUAGAAGUAACACAGGCAAUCAUAGCAGCUGGGGAGGUUAUCUAGGAGAUGAGUUGGAGAGUUAUCGACUCCACCAAUCACUGGACGUAGCCAACAAAGCCGCAAGAAGAAUGCAGCACAUCUCCAAGAGAAUGCUCAGCAAUAUCGCUUCCGACUUGAUACGAUCCGGCAAAAGAUAGUAUCCAAAUGUUUAUUCUUAUAUUACACUAACAAUCGUAUUCACUCGCGCUUACCGUUCACAAAAAGAAAGAUUAUAGUUUUGAAUUCCCGAAACAUUCUCUAAACGUAUUAGAGACGUUUGCUGGAAACAGCUAGAGAUUUGCUACGGAAGACAUAUACAAAGGCCAGCUAAAACGUUCGGUCCAGAUUUCGUCAUUUCAAAGGCUUUUUUCCUACAGGAAUCAGGCCAAACACUACAGAUCUUUCUGCUUUCUACGACUUUUCCAAUUCAUGCUUUUGAAGUCGUUGGGUUAACCUUAAGAUGGUUUUAGUUAUCUGGGGUUAAACUGUCUGAAAGUCUUACUAAUUAACUUGGGCUCCAAAAGGUUACCAAAGCUCGCUUCCUUGAUUAAGAACUAUACCUAAUUACCAGUUGCAACAACUUUGAAGAAGUCAAUACCGAUACGUACGCAUAUGACAAUGUAAAAGUUGCUUGUAGUCAUUCACCCUUUAACUCAUAAAAUUUCUUAAAACAUCGAAACACGGGCACUGUUCAACAGUUUUCACUAGAAUGGCUACAUGCUACCUUAUACAGCAUUAUAAACAGUAUCACGUGAGAGCACUACUCGAUAGCUUAUAUUUGCAUGGUCAUGCACGAGGUUUGAUGCACAAGGUUAAUGUUAGAACAACCAACCCUGUACAACGAAAUAGAGGUAGUAACAGAAGGUUAUAUUGCUAAUACAUUAUAAACUUCUGGUGGUACCUCAUGAAAGUAUUUCUCAAAAGGUUUUAUCUGAAUGGUUAGAAGAGUUUCUUCAAAAGACUUAGCAUUAAGAACGACAUUAUUUGACUUGGGAAUUUCCGAUUCUCUCGUCUGCGAAAAGAAGACAUAUUACACAUUGUAACUUAAGGGAAAAAUAUAUAAUUAGUUAAGUGUUUAUUUUUGUACUCUCUAACCAAUAUUCUACAUAUCUUAUUUUAUAUUAUUUUAUUUAUUCGUCACAUUGUAAAGUUUUUACUCCAAAGAUGCAUUCGCGUAUGCUAGAUUAUUUAUGCAUCCGUAAUAUAUUAACAUUACGUUUAUUCUUUCAGUUUCAAAUUUUGUAAGAUCGGUCGCGUGUUAAUUUUUAAAGCUAUAAAAUUGUUUCAAAUUCGGUUUGUAACGCAUUGCGCACAUGAAAUAAUUAAAUUUCAGAGGAAAAAUAGCGAUUUUGGUUUUACAUUAUGCCAGUUAAAAAAUGUUGUAAUUUUAGUGAGUAUCAAGACGUUGACAUAAACAGAUGAUUUUAUAACA